GCCUGUCUGUAUCAUCGUGUACAGUUAGUCCAUUCGUUUGUUCGUUGGGUGUAAACUGUACGCUUCGUUUUCUUCGUAAAUGCAAGGGAAGAAUGUUUGAUCCGUGUGAAUAUUUAAUCAUGGUGAUGUAGUUGCUGCCUCAACUGCCUCAAUACAUUGAAAAAUGGAUGCAACUAAACCUUCUAAGCCAAACAAAGGGUUUAAGGAAAUGGAAUUUGGUUUUCACUCGUUCGAAGAACAAAUGUCUGCAUUUCUAUACGUUGGAAAAGAAUUUGCUCUUUAUCAUCCAGGAAAUUUGUUUGCCCAUAAUUAUUUUUUAGCGGUAAAUGUAGGAUGUAUAGAGAAAUUAGCUGCGGAUGAAAAUAAGCAACUAUUACCCAUUGAAAUUAUUUUAAAGGCAUUUGAAAGUGAUCUUGUUCCACACUUCGAAACAUUAAUAUUCGCGUUAGCAGUGUGUAGCAAACAAGUUUACAGUGAAAGUUUACGUCAUGCGGCCUAUGCAAUUGUAGGAAAAAUUUGUUCAUUGCCAGAACAUUUUAUCUUAUUCAUAAAAUUUGUAUCUGAACUAAGUAAACGCAAAGUUACAAUGUCGCACCCUUAUAAGCCAAGCCAUGGCUGGGGUCAUGGAUUACGUAAAGCUGUUAAUAAUUGGUACCUUUCCAAGGAACCAUUAGAAUUGGCAAAAUGCGUAACAAGAUGCAAAGGUAGAUAUGGAUGGAAGCAUAAGGAUAUAGUGAAACUUUCGCAUCCGCAUCCUGAUACACCAGAAAAAGAAGUGAUACUUAAAUACAUAAUGCAUGGUUUGGAAAAAACUAAAAAGUCAUUUGGGGAUAACUUGAAUGUACAAGAAUUGAUUGAAUAUAUACAAAAAGUCGAAGACUUUAAACAUUGUAAUGAUAAAGUUCAGGCAGCUGGCCUUUUAGAAAAGUACGAAUUAACAUUGGACCAUGUUCCUGGUCAUAUGUUAAAAUCUGCAGAGAUUUGGAAUUCAUUGAUACCAUCAAUGGAUUUACAUACACUUUUGAGUAAUCUGCAAAGGAUACACAAUUUGGGAUUAUUGAAGGCAGAUGCUCCAGCUGUUGAAAAAAUUAUAGAUGAGAUUACUAAUAAGGAAAGAUUAGCUCGCAGCAAUAUACAUCCAAUAUUUGUCUAUAUUAUUUUAAAAAAUUAUGAAAAUUCUGGAAAGCCAUUGUCAUACGAGAAACGAAAAAUGAAAGAACAAGCAAAGAAACCAUUUCCUCCUCCGCCGAAACCAAACUCUAAGAUUAUAAGCGCACUAAAUGAAGCAUUCGAACUUUCGGUUUUGAAUCUCAAAUCAACUGGCUUGCGUUAUAUGAUAACGAUUAAUGCUAAUAAAAUAAUGUGGAAGUGUCCUACAUGGCGCAGUGGAAAUGUGAAUGCAGCAGAAGCUGGUUUUUUGAUAGCAUAUGCACUUUCUCGAUGCGAAAAGGAUGUCACUGCUGCUGCAUUUGACGUUAUCGACGUUCAUAUCAUCAAUUUGAAUCAGUCACUCUAUUUUUCUUCGCUAAUGAAUGUGUAUCAGCCUAUGCCAAAUAAUAUCAUUCGCUUAAGUAGCCCGAUUAUAUGGGCUUCUCAAAAAGGUUAUCAGUAUGAUGUAUUUAUUAAUGUCAUGGACGAUAUAGUGAACUACAACGAAUGUGAAGAAGUCUUUGAAGACUACAGAGAACAAAUGAAUCUUCCACAUACAAAGUUAAUAAAUUGUGUCGUUUGUUCUUCAAAAGCAUACAAAGAGGAUAUAUACAACAGAAAUAUUUUAACAAUUUAUGGUUUUGACGCAACCGUACCUAUGGUUAUACAAGCAUUUGCAAAGUCACUCUUUUGAAGAUCAGUUAUUUGUAUAUUUUGAUGUGAUACACACAUGACAUAACUCCAUUCUCGUAAAGAAGAAACUCGGCGUUUAAAAUUUUAUGAAGUACUAUAAUACGGUAAUUCUUAUAAAGGUAAAUCUCUACAAAAAUUCGUUUCUCAUUUCUAUACGAUUUUUCGUAUUGAUCUUACGUGUCGCAAGUUUUUUAUAAUUCAUUACAUGAGAGUGCCUUUUGAGAUAGAGAAAAAUUUGUUGAAGGUUGUAAAACAAUAAUGUUAAAAUCUUAUAAAGGAAUCAAGGAAGUCAUUAACAAUUAGCGAAUAGAUGAAAUUUCAAAUUAAAACAGUAUGCUUGAUGUAAUACUGUGUAAAAUGAAACUAAAAACGUUUAUUUUAAUUUAAUUGGUCAAUGUCUGGACUUAUAAGUACUAGAAAAUCCUGUGACGGGAUAUGGUGAACGUAUUUAAUUACAUUAUGUUAACUUUUCUAUAUUCUGUUCUUUUUUUAAACGAGAAAAAAGAAAAAAUAACAGAGUAAAAGAAUUUUCUAUUGUCUCACUAAUAUAUUAAUAUUAAAUCAAUAACUAUAUUUACUGCAUGCCUUUAAUAGCUUAGGAAAUCUUAUAUAGAAUGAUUUUAAGAUAUACAGGACAUGAAGUACAGAAUUCAUGUGUUUUGUUAAAAUUGUUACGUUAAAAAAAAUGCAAUUAAAUUUUUAAUUUGUUUAUUCAAAAAAUAAGUACUUAGGAAAGUAAUGAAAUUAUGCAGUUACAAUUCACAUGCUUAAAAUUUUAUUUUUCUUACUGUUUUUAUUACACAUUACGAAAACGAAAAAAAAAAUGAUUCAACAAGAAAAUUAGUAUAAGACUGGAUAUUAGAUACAAUGCCAGUAUCUAAAAUAAUCUAUGGUGCAUUUUUAACAAGUAACACACACACAUCUUUUAUAUAUAUAUAUAUAUAUAUAUAUAUAUAUAUAUCAGAAAAAACAAAAUAUAUUUACUUUCAUUUUAUUGCUUGCUUAUUUCCACUGGUUGGCGGUAAAGCUUUUUGUAAUAUCUUUAAUAUGAUAUGUAGAUUUAAAAUGAUUAUCUGUAAGACGAUAUAUUUGAUGAUGACUGGUACGCUUCUGAAUAUUCGAAUAAGCAUUAAAAAGAAAUAGAGCAUCGAAAAUUCUCCCACUGUGAUAUGCAUUUAGCUCCAAAGAAUUUAUAGUUUUAUUAGUAUAAUUUAACAGUUAUAUUUCAUAUUUGCCAUAUCCAAAGUAAUUACAACUUAAAUACAAAAUAUUACAUACAUUACUGAGAUAAUACUGUGAUACACAAAACAUGUUCAAACUAGGGAAAUGGAUAAGCAAAUUGCCAGAGGCGUACUGAGUCCAUUAAUUUGUUGAGUAGUAAUAUCUAUAGAAAUGAUUAUACAUAAUUUUGUUUAUAAUAUCAAAUAGAAUACAAUGGUAUCUUUAGCUCUUUCUUGAUUCUUGAAUUACCAAAUAUAAAGAAGAAACACAUUGAAGAUAAUGUUAAAAAGUACAACGUGGAUGUAUUCUCAGGUCUGAAAGAAAUUUAAAUUAAGUGCUUAAUAUUCACGUAUGAUACUUGCGGGCCUUUUUGGUAAUUCACGAAUUAAGUGGUUAAUUUGUCGUAAUGAUUAUAUUUUAAUAUGAAAAAAGUAAAUGGAACUUUUAUUUUUCCUGCAAAAGUUUUAAUAAUACAUAUACGAUUACAUAACGAUUGAAAAGAAUUCUGAUAUAACAAUAUUUUAGAGAUAUUACAUAAAUUCGUAAUAAUAUUUAAACGAAAAUAUCAUACAUUAAAUGUUAUCAUUCAUCUGAAGUAUGGAAAGAAAUUUAUAUACAGUUAUUUAAAGGUUGAUAUUGGAAAAAUAAAAAAUCGUGCAUACAAUUAUUUUUAUUAAGGCAAAAUAAGCUAAUUAAAAGUAAACUAAUGUAUGUUAAAUGUGUUCAUACUAAUUUGGAAAAGAAUGAAAGAUAAGAAAAGAGCAAAUAAUUUCUAUGAAUAAUAAAAGCUUAAAAUGCUUGUUUAAUUUUUAUCGGUACUGACAGUUUCUGUACUGACAAGUGAUUGAUGUAAGUAACGCUAUAUUCCUUCAGGAUAAAAAAGUAAAAAAUUACAAUUAUAGAAGAUUAUUAGAGUGCUACUUUAAAAGUAGCUCUGGUAAAGAAUCAUAAACGUUCACGGCUUAUAAUGUUUGAAGCAAUGCAAUGGAAACUACAAAGUUGUACUGAUACGCGUGUAUAUAUGUACGCAUUAUUCGAUACAUAAUGUGUAUUUAACACAUAAUGCAUGAUAAAGUAGUAGCUCUUCUUUAUCAUUCUUUGACAUCAAUAUAUCAAUACCAAUCUUGUGAACUUUAAAUUCGUACUUCGCCUACUUUUUGGCCUUACCGUAUGUAAGAAAAUGUUCAUUUGCCAUUGGUAGAUUGACAAAGUGUUUUGCAUUGUAAUAAAAUUUAUAUACGUAGAUAACGUAUAUAAAUAGUAAGAAUUAAAAUCUCAUAAUUUUAUAAAACUAUCUUAUGUUAACGAUUAGUAUUAUAUCGCGUGUUAUAUCAGCAGCAAUAUCAUACGUUAAUUUUAUACUCUCUAAUUGAUGAAUAUUGAUCAUUUAGAUUACACUUUAGAAUAUCUAUAAAUAUAUUCAGUCAAUGUUGAAGAAAAAAUGAGAAAGUGUUAAAAAAUAAUAGAACAAUUACUACUAAUAUUAUUUUUCUACAUUUACUUAUGUAACGGAGAAAACAAAAAAUACUACACAGCAAGACUAGGCCCGUGUAUUACAAUUGCUUUAUUUUUUAGCUUUGUAUUUUAAAAAGUAGAUAGGUAAAAAAGUAAAUAAUUAUAAAAAAGUCAAUUCCCUAUCCAUGCAUUCUGGACUAUUUUUUAUUUUUUUUCAAAAGUGAAGUAGGAUGAAAUAAAUUGUCGAAAAUAUAGGAAAUUGUUAUUUUUCUCGUUGGUUGUUUUUAUGCAUCGAGUAAAGUUUGAACGACAUUUAUUGAAAAAAUGUAUUUAUUUAUGUAGUAUUAGUACAUAUAUGGUAUUAAUACAUGACUCGCUCUCACGCCUACACAUUAUCUGUAUUGUACACAGUACUAUAGUUUUUUUCCUCCUCUCCCUCUCUCUCUCUCUCUCUCUCUCUCUCUCUCAGAUAUAUA